AUGGCUAAUAUACUGUAUACGACUAUUAAUCAGAUUUUGAAGCACUUUCCCCUAUACCAAUACUGCAAGAUGCAGAAGGACAGGCUCCCCACGUUGCGCAUGAUGGUGACAUGCUUGUGGAAGACGCUCUACAACCACGUAGUGUUUGUGUUUCCGUCAGUGAUGGUGAACUACUUUAAUUUUGUGCGCAUCUGCUUGUCGGUGGAAGAGCACAUUGGCUAUGACCUGCCCUGGGCGCUCAAACACCUGACACGCUUCGGGCUGUAUUGAGGAGCCGUAGCUCAUGACACGCACCAUAAAAAACCAAACAUGAAGUUUGCUCCUUUCUUCAGACAUUGGGACUCUUUUGAACCAGUGGCAGUAGUAUCAUUUUUGUCAAACCGUGCAAAGCAUUUGUAA